UUCCAUAAAUACAGUCUGCAAGCAAAAGCAAAUUCAUGAUUUGAUUCUUAAACUUGCUCUUUGAAUCACUAUUUAUUUAAUCACUGCUCAGCAUUUAGCCCCGCGGCUGCUUCAAAAACGCUGGGAUAAUUGUGCUGCUCCUGAUUUUUCGUUAUUUAGCAGUUGGAACAAAUGCCGAUCUCAACGGAUUUAUCAGAGGUAGUUGGGAGACAGGUGAGCAGAAACGGAGUUUGGCAUGCUGAAUUUCUUCCUGCUAUAAAUGAUGAUCAUGGAGGUGUCAUUGUGGAAAUGAAGGAGCACAUGGACACUAAAACCUUUCUUACUAUGCUCACAGCUUCUAUGUUGCAGUGGAAGCAACAGGGUAAAAAGGGAGUUUGGAUUAAAUUGCCUAUUGGACUCGCGCAUCUAGUUGAACCUGCAGUGAAGGAAGGGUUUAGAUACCACCAUGCUGAGCCAAGCUACCUCAUGCUUGUUUUCUGGAUUCCUAAGACACCUAGCACUAUCCCCGCAAAUGCAACACACCGAGUAGGUGUUGGUGCAAUUAUCUUGAAUGAUAAAAGAGAGGUGCUUGUAGUUCAGGAAAAGAGUGGCAUUCUUCAAGGAACAGGCAUAUGGAAAAUUCCUACUGGGGUGGUUGAAGAGGGCGAGGAUAUUUCUGUGGCAGCUAUAAGAGAAGUAAAAGAAGAGACGGGAAUUGACACAGAGUUUGUGGAGGUCCUAGGUUUCAGGCAAUCACACAAGGCAUUCUUCGAGAAGUCGGAUAUGUUAUUCAUAUGCAUGUUGCAUCCACUGUCCUUUGAUAUUCAGAAGCAAGAGCUGGAAAUUGAGGCAGCCCAGUGGAUGCCGUUUGAAGAAUAUGCAGCUCAACCAUUCGCCCAGAAGCACGAGCUUUUCCGCUACAUUAACGAAUUGUGCUUGGCGAAGGUAGACAGAAGCUAUGCCGGGUUUUCCCCUCAGCCGGUAUUGAAUUUCAGCGACCAACCAUCUUUCCUGUAUUUGAACAACAGGGAUCUGGGCAAGUCAAGGUCUGCCAUCAACCCCUGAAAGCAAAACAGGGAUGAUGAUACCAUCGAGUUUGCUAAGCAACUCUAUUCCUUGUUUAGACCCCUUUUCCCUGCAUGCACUUCCUUUUUCUCUUUCCGAUAAGAAAACAGGUCUUAAGACCCUCAUCAUGCGAAUAGGCCCCAGUUAGACAUAGCUUUUGCUACAGGAAAUGAGAUUAGGAGGUAAAUCUAGUAUCCUUUCCCUUGGGGAUCAAACUUUCUUUUGCUUUAAUCGUUGCUUCAAUUUAUGUACCAUAUAUUGGUUUUUGACAUGAAUAACAGAACGUUUUGUUUUAGCAUUU